AAGACAUCUAGAGGAGUUAGCAUUUCCUUCCUGCCUCUUUUCAGCAUUAGAUAAGUCUCGAGCAUUGGAGUCAUUAAGUGGCACGACUUGCAUCAUUACUGACCUUGAGCAGCGACAUUUAAGAAAAGGCAUAAAUGGCGUGGAGAAGGAUCUCUAUAUACAUCCAGCUCACGGUUUUCAUUCAACUCUGUAACUGCAGCAUUGAUUCUUGUCCAACACCUUGCAGCUGUUUUCCAUUGCAGACGAGGGGCCUCAUAGUCAACUGCAGCUCAAGGCAUCUGAAAGACGUGCCAGAUCUCCCAGUCAUCACUGUACAGCUUUAUUUGCAAAAUAACCUGAUAACAUCUGUUUCUCCGGGAGCCUUUGAUCACUUGGUCAGCCUCCAGGAAGUUGAUGUGUCUGGCAAUCCUUGGCAUUGUGAUUGUCAAAUUCUGUAUCUGAAAAGCUGGUUCGACUCUAUACCUGUGCAGAAAAACCCUGAAAAUCUGAGAUGUGCAACACCAAACACUGUAUCCAUGAAACCUUUCCAGAACCUCACAGGGAAUGAUAUGAUUCCAUGUAGAAGAACAUGGCCAAUCAAAUGUAAAAAGUUCUUUAUACGAGACCUUUAUAUGAUUGGACUUGCUGUGCUGGUGCUUGUUUUGAUGUCCUACGUGGUCAGAAUUGCAAGAAAACUGGCUUGUAGGGUUGCAGUCACUACCAGCUCUUGUCACAAAAAACCCUCAAAUGAAAGCUACAAGUCAAAGUAAUACAAGACCUGUCUGCAACAGGGCAUUGUAAUGGCCCAACAGAGAAUCAAAGUCAUACCAACUUUUGGAAUCACAACAUUUAUUUUGAUGAAUGCAUGAGGGCCUCAUUUUUAUUCUCAGAAACAUCAGUUGGAAAUUUGGAGAGAAAAAGGAUUUCAAUAUAAAACUCAAUGGCCCAGAUUUACUAAUCCUAAAGAAGGCAUAAGCAUAGACAGGCUUUGUAGACCUGCAUCAGAUUUAUUACAGUGGUUCAGGCUGGAUGAUGCAAGGAUAGAAUCUGGUGCAAGGAUAGACUCUGUUAUCUGACUCUGUACCAACUAUUGGUUGGCUUAGUUUGACACAGAUUGCUAUGCCAGAAUUG